AUAAAACAGAACAAAAAAAUUUCUACAUUAUAUAGAAGGUAAGCAUUUUGCGUUCUUUCGAACUUUCUUUAAUCAAGAGACGGACAAAGUAGAUACAAUGAACCAACAACAACAACAAAGCGUUAAUCAAAGUGAAACAAAUGUCAACAAAAUUAAAUCGAAUGAUGAAGAAAAUAGUCCAGCUGAAUGUGCUGUUGCUGCUGUGAACGGAGAACAACAAUUGGCUGAUAUUUUUAAACUCAACAUCGAUUGUUUCGAAGAAGUGUUUGACUAUUUAUCGCUGAAGGAUUUAGCAGCCAUGGGUCAAACAUGUAAACGAAUGCAACGCAUAGCCGGUCAUUGUUUUCAACUAAACUAUGGAGCUGCAGAAGCAGAUUUCAAUAAAGGUGGUUUUGACCUUAACGGUGUCAAAAUAGAUUGUUUUAACAAAUUCUUACAAAACGUAUACUUUAUGUAUGGCGGAAAGGAAGACGAGAAUGCUAGAUAUAAUCGUAUGAUAAAUUUUAUAACUCAAUUGAAACACUCAACAUCAUUUAAAAAAAUCGAUAUUAGUGAUUUUCGUUCAAAAAUGCCGCGGAUUAAUGAAAUAAAAGAAGUUCUAAGUAAGGCUGAAAGCGUAAGAAUACACGGUUAUGAUGAAAAUGAAAAUGAAUUGGACGCAUUGACUGCUUGCUCAAAUCUUAAAUAUUUAUCUCUGAGAAAGGGACAUCGAUGGAUGCAUCGAAUCUACCCAUCAUUGGAACAUAUUGAAUUGAGUUAUGGUUUUCGGGCAAAAAUACCAGAAAUAAAAAUAUUCUUUGAUCUAAACACCACAAUUAAGCAAUUUUCGGUCGAUAUGACACUAUUUUGGUCAAUCAGAGAGUUGUUCAAAAAUUCAAAUAUCAAAUUUGAUAUAUUGGCGAUUAAUUAUGAUGACGGUGAUGGCAUUGUUGAAUUCCAAUUAUUUUGUCGUUUGCUAAAUGAGCUCUACGAUUCUGGAUUUUAUAAGAAACUGCAUUUUAAUAGCCCAUAUUGGAUGCAUCAAGAAGUGAUCGAUGAAUUGGCUUCAGUAAAAGGUAUUCUUUUAAAUCUGAAACGCGUUCAUUCUGAUUAUGCUAGUUCGGAUGACAUUUUACCAUUUAUUCGUCAUGCAGAGAAAGUGAACAAAAUUAGAGUUGAAGAGCUUUUGAGUGGAUCACAUUUCGAUGAAAACGACAACGUACUUGAUUUGUUUGCAUUGAAUAAAGAGCGUGAGAAAUUAGUUGGAGCACGCAAGAUCACGAUUUACGUCCCGGAAGAUGUAUAUUUGCUAACGAAAUGGGCAAUGAAACAGACGGACUUCAAAUUGAUCGAAAUGAAACGAAUCACAUCGUACGAUUGGGAUUUUUAAGUUUUUAUUUGAUUUUUUCUGCAUUUUACUUUUUCUGAAUC